AACACCGCGUUUACGCUUGUGGCGAAGGUGACCAUCCACGCGGCGCCAGCGGAAGGCAGCAGCCCCGCUCCUUUGCUUGGCGCGAAGCUGAAUGACGGGAGCAACACUGUGCUCCUGGGUCUGUCGUGCACGAAGGACAAGAAGUGGGAAGUGACGUUCAACAACAAGCGCCUGAAGCUGUCGGAGGAUGAAGAGUGGGAGGAGGAGAAAACGUGCCGCGUGGCACUGGGGAUGGAUGCCGGUGAGGGGUUGGUUGUGUACGUCGGUGGCUCGCGUGUGUACGACAGCGAAGAUGACGACGACUGGGAAAGCAGCGUUUCUAAACAGUUGCAGGAGCUGUUGAAGUCGCGCAGCAUCUCGCACUUCUACUUCGGCGGGGGCGGUGCGGGCGGCGUUGAGGUGACGGUGGCCGACGUCCUGCUGUACAGCCGCACGCUGAGCGGGACCGAGCUCGCGGCACUGACGACGAACCCCGAUGCCGCCGAUGCCGCCGCUGCUGGGCCGGAGGAAGUCGUGGAAGCGCCGGACCCGGGAACUGCGCCGCAGGGCAGGGAGGUGGAGGUCGCUCCUGCGCCACCCGCCGGGGACUCCCACCUCGGCCCCCCAAAGGAACACCACCAACAGGAAGGAGAAGGGGAAGAAAAGGGAGAGGAAGAGGAAGUGCCGCCUCAGUUAUCGCAGGAUGCAGGCAAAGAGGCAGGCGAGGCGUCAACACCUUCUAACAACACGCGCAACUCCGACGCAGAGGAAGCAGAAGAGGCGGAGGAAGAGAAAGAAAAGAAGGCGGAGGAGGAUGAGGAGGAAGAAGCGACAGAAGACGCUGACGGUGCAUUGGCGUCCCCAGCGUUGACAGCACCGGCUGCGGCCAGUGCUCCUCGCACAGGCGCAACUGAGCAGGCCGUCGGUGCGGAAACUUCUGAGCGGCAACGAGGGCCUCGCCUCCCGCAGACGGUGCAGUCACGGCGGCCUCGGUGGGUGACGGCCAGGCGCAGCAGACCCCUCCGUCGCACGCGCCAGAGGCCGUUGACGGCGUGCCGUCUGCUUCGGCCGCGCCCAUCGACGAGACGCCAAACGCUGCCGCCGAAGAAAAUGGCGCAGACCCCCAAACUGCGGCGGAAGAGGACGCGGACGGCGGCCACGAGGCGCCCAGCAACGCCGCCACGGCAAGCACGGCUCAGGCGCCGCAUUUAA